AAAAACACUCAACACUGCAGACUUCUUGGGUCGGUGGAAUGCCAGUCCUGGACUUCUGGUUCUACUUUUAUCCUGCCCACCUGCAGCUGACUCUACUGCUGGGACUCUCAGGAGUGACUGGGCAGGAUGUGGAGCUGCAGGUGAUCCAGCCUGACAAGUUCGUGUCAGUAGCUGAGGGAGAGACGGCCACUCUGCGUUGCUCUGUGACCUCCCUGCUUCCAGUGGGCCAAGUGGUAUGGUUCCUGGAGAAAGUGGGUGGCCGGCGGGAGAUCUACAACUUCGGUGGCAAAGGCCACGACCCCCGAGUGACCAGUACUUCAGAUACCACCAAGAGAGACAACUUAGACUAUUCCAUUCGCAUCCGUGACAUCAGCCCGGCUGACAUGGGCAUCUACUAUUGCGUGAAGUUCCAGAAGGGGAAUGUGGAAGAUGUGGAGUUCAAGUCUGGUUCAGGCACCCGGGUCACCGUAAAAGGCCCAGAGACAGACCUGCCCACUUCAUCACACAUAUAUUACUUCCUGGGCUGCGUCAUUGGAACCAAAGUGCUGCUGGUUCUUGGUGUUUCUGCCAUUUACAUCUACAAGAAGUCAAGGAUCUGACUGGUACUGUGAUGAAGAAUGGGAGUCAAGACCUAGGAAACUGUUGAUGUGCAGAACCCUCUCUCAAUAGAUGCCCUUAUUCCCAGGAAAGGUACUUCAGAAGGAGACCAACACCACGACACA